AUGUCAGACUUUUCUGAUAUUGAAACUAAUUUUAGAUUAGAUUCUGCCCAAUUGCAUUUAACAUAUACAAAAUGUGAUCUCGAUCUUGAAGACAUACUUAAUUAUGUUAAAUCUCAAUGUGAAAGUAAAAAGAAAAUUGUAAUGAAUUAUGUUGUAGUACGAGAACCUCAUCCUGAUGGGAUCCUACGUAUACACGCUUAUUUUCAGCUUUGUUCAAAAAUUUCUAUAAGAGAUCCCCGCUUCUUCGAUAUUGAAAUUUAUAAUUAUGAUAAAAAAUAUCGUGCGAAUGUAGAAGGAGUUCGUACUUCUAAAAAAGUAAAAGAGUAUAUUAUGAAAGAUGAAGAUUAUAUUUCAAAUAUGAAAAUCGACACUUUAAAUAAGGCUAUUUAUAUGGUUAAUUCUGGAACGACUAUACGUGAAAUUGCAAUCAAAUGUCCGAAAACUUAUGUUAAAAGUGGACGAGGAUUAGAGAAUCUAAAAGCACGCGUUGAUGAAAAGAAUUUUAAAUUUAAGAAGCCAUUCGUAGAAGUUCAUUAUGGCGAUAAAAAUUGUGGAAAAUCAAGUUAUACUGAAUUAUAUCCAGACGAUAUAGCAUAUAGAUUUGAUGAAGGAUAUUUUGAUGGAUACGAUGGUCAAGAAAUAUUAAUACUUGAUGAGUUUAAUGGAAGUCAAUUAAAAUUAGCUGUAUUUUUAAAAAUUAUGUCUGGACAACAAAGGCGAUUUAACAUUAAAGGUAAAAAAGUAAUAAAUAAUGUUCGGCAUAUUAUUAUUACUAGCAAUAAACAUUAUACAGAAUGGUAUGAACGGAAUAAAUAUGAUAUGGGUCAAUCAGAAUGGAGAAUUGAAUGUAUUUGGCAUUAUCGUCAUAUCGAAAAUGUACAGUCUUUCUCUCAAAGAAAGAUUGAACGUAAUCCAUAUACAUUUACAAAUAAGAAAAAAAUUCUUGCCUAUCUAAAAAAGAUAGAUUAUCCAAAAAAAUUUCCUGAAUCUUUAAGUCAUGACGAAAAAGUAUUUGUUGAAGGAUAUAUAGGCAUUCCUUAUGAUCCUAAAUUUGACGAAGAUUCUUCUGACGACAAUGAGUCUUCAGAAGAUGUAGUACGUAAUAAUGCUUCUAUUUUACAAAAAAAUUUUGAUAAUACUUCUGGAAAUAAUAAACGAAAAAGAGAUGAUUUUAAUAAGUUUGAGCACAUGAAAAGAAAAAAAAUUCAAUAG